CACCGGCGCAGAGAACUUGAACAUAGUAGUGUCCGACAGCGUUUUUUCUUUCCUGUAUGAGGUCACUGUAUAGUUCUCUAUAUAGUGAAGUAGAGAAUAGUGAGAGAGUGGGUGAUUAGAGCGAACGCACCUCCGGUUACAGUGGUAGUCAUCACGUGAUCUCGCGACCCGGAACACCAAGGCACCGGGACGUCGUGGGGACAGACAUUGUAAACAACUACGCUCGCUGCAUCUACACGCGCUUUGUGUCGGAUCUGCUGGGUGUGUAACCAAAGUGCCAGGGUCACAUGUCGGAUGACCCAUGAGACUACUGGAGGAGAAGCUGAGAUGAAAUUGUGUGUGCAGGAGGAGACCUUCCAUCACUGCUGUCAGCUCCUCCUACAGCAGUCAGAGCAGCUGAGAGAUGGCUGGAGCUGGGAGUCAGUCCAGGGUUCAAAGGUGGGCUACUUAAGGAAGACUGCUCUCAGGUCCGUUGACAUCAAUUCGAUUCCUGUAUGGGACCAAGUAGGAUCCAGUUCAGACUCAGGGUCACAAACCUUCUGUCAUCAACAGCAACAGGAAAAGGUACAGUCUGCUGUUGUUACCUCAUGUGAUGCUGACAGCAUCGAAGAAGACAUAGCUGAUGAUGAUGAUGAUGAUGAUGAUGGUGGGGUCUGUACAGUGUCUGAAGACAGCAGCAAGGUGCUUCAGUACGAGUAUCACAUCCUAUACUCCUGCAGCUACAGUACACCUGUGCUCUAUUUCAGAGCCUUCACUCUGGACGGGAGGAGUCUCUCAUUGGAGGAGGUGUGGAGCUCCGUUCAUCCAAACUUUAGAAUUCGACUUCAAAACAGUCCUCUCGAUACAAUUACUCAACAGGAGCAUCCACUGCUGGGUCAGCCUUUCUUUAUGCUCCACCCCUGUAAAACAGAGGAGUUCAUGAAGCCUGUCCUGCAGCUGGCUCAGGACCAACACCGGCCGGUGAACUAUGUGUUGACAUGGCUCAGUGUGGUAGGUCCUCUGGUUGGUCUGGAUGUCCCUCUGAUGUACUUCACCCUGCUCUCACCCAGCCCAGCCUCACUGAGCAAUACCAAGCCAAACUGAUGCUGCAGGCGCUCUGCCUCUGUCAGUAAGCAUCGCCAUGGAGUGGACAGUCUUCCAUCAAGAUGGGCAUUGAAUAAUCAGGGACAGGGAAAUUAAAGGUACAGUGUGUGACAUCGAGUGUUGAAAUUGCAUGUUGCAGCUGAACACCCCUCACCUCACCCUCUCCUUCCAAACAUGAAAAAGAACCUGUGGUAACUUCAGUUGUCAUAAAAACUCAAAGGUGUUUAGUUUGUCCAGUCUGGACUGAUGUAAAA